UUUUUUUUCCUGGCCAAACUAGUUUUCUACUCCUUGCUGCCUCAUUUUCCCUUUGCUCGUCUCUCCAUAUUUUCUUCUCUCGCCAUUAAUCCUCACAUUAAUUACUUUUCUUCCCAGACUAUCCCUUCGGUUCCAAUUUUUAUUUUCUUUUUCCCUUCAGACACGCUCCAUAGUCGUUCGAUUCCAUUCCCAUUUCUGAGCGAGAGUACCGGUGAGUUCUAAAACGCUGUCGUAAUUGCUUUCAUCUGCGGGUCUCUCGAUGAUUCUCGCGUUGGGAAGCGAGUCGAAAACUGAGUUCGUAUGUACUAUAUUAUGUCGCUGAAUUUGAGGCCUUCAUCAACGAUCUUUGAUUCGUUUUUGGCGCUUUAAGCGUGCGAGUCUCUCAAGUUGACUAGUGGAGCUUGAGGCGACUUGACUCGUUCCCCACUUCUUCCCUCUCGAACUUCUUGUUUCGCUCUGUCUUUUCGUCUCUGAGAACUCUUUUGUUUUAGGUGUUGCUCAUCUUUUUCAGAGGAUAAUUUUCUCUCUCCUUUUCAUCGCCUGACAAUCCGCUCCCUUCACUCACUCGUAGAGAAUUUAAAUUGCGGUGACAGUCUGUGUAUUGUAGCCGAACAUAAUUUCAGUCGGAAGGUUUUAGUGUUUGGCCAGUCAGGUCUUCAUUAUUGUUUAUGAUAUGCUGGUUGCACGGCGUGGAAAUCAAUUAUUAGCUUUGGAUGCUGACCGGAUAUAUCUCGAAUUUGGAUUUUUCUGAGCAGCAAUCAUGAACAAUCAACUUCUUGAAAUCGAACCCAAGGAACUGAAAUUUUUGUUUCAAUUUAAGAAGCAAAGUUCAUGCUCCAUUCAGUUGACUAAUAUCACCAAAUAUCAUGUCGCUUUCAAGGUAAAGACGACAGCACCUAAAAAAUAUUCAGUGCGACCAAAUGUUGGAGUUCUCUUGCCAAAUUCUGCUUGUGACUUCAUAGCAGUGACAAUGCAAGCUCUAAAGGAAGCUCCAGCAGAUAUGGCAUGCAAGGACAAGUUUUUAAUCCAGAGCACAAUUGUUCCUGUUGGAACAACCAAUGAAGAUAUUACUUCCAGCUUGUUCGUCAAAGAUGAUAACAAAUAUGUUGAAGAAAACAAGUUGAAAGUGGCCCUGAUCAGCCUUACCUCUUCACCAGAACUCUCUCCCAUCAAUGGAGACUUUAAUAAUGGUCUUGCUUAUGAAAAGAAUCAGAUAUUUGGCACAGAGGAAAUCCUUUCCCAAGAACCCAUGAAUGUUGAGCAUAGGAUGGUUAAUGAGGAGUCAAACGAUGAAAAUGACAUUGAGUUGAAUGUGGAAGAAGAUGAGAGGUCGAAAAUCAUGACAGAUGUGGAGGUACUGAAACCAGGAACUGCGGAAUUAAAAGUGUCAAAAGAUGUGGAGCUCAACAAUGUGAAGGAUGCACAGGCAUCAAAUGCAGAAAAAGUGGCCAUGUUAAAUGUGUCAAAGAGUGCAGAGGAGAUAAAAUUAAUGGAAGCUAUUGAAGAGAUAAAGCUUAAACUUGAUAAACUUGAGUCAAAGCUGAAUGAGGCUGGAGUAACAAUAUCAAAGCUAACGGAGGAGAGCAGGCUAAGCAAUCUAGAGACUAAAGUCAUGCAAGAAAAAAUAGCCGAUCUGAGUAAGAGAGGUUCGCAAAAGAUUCAAGUCGGAUUCCCCCUUCUAUACGUCUGUAUGGUGGCACUUAUCUCUCUUUUACUUGGAUACCGCUCUCACUCUUGACACUUGGCGUGAUGUAUAUGCAGCUGCUAACGUUUUGAUUUGGCUGAGUUUGUUUGUAGCAGAAAAGCUUAGGAAUGUUCCAUUUUAUAUGAGGCUCUGAAAUGGUUAUAUUUUCAUACAUUCAAGGAUUUGAACCUCAUACACUAGGCUUGUGUUGUGUAUAUGCAAAAUUACCCACAUGAAAAUAUUGUAAAGGACACGAGAUAAAUAGCAAUCAAUCAGGUUCAGGUA